GAGCUCGGCCCUGAGCUCGGCUCUGGAAUGACAGGCAUUCCUGCGGGAAGGGAGCUGGCACCGACACCUAUUUGUGAGAGCCAAGUGCCAGCCAUGGGGGACAGGGGCAGCGGGACCUGCGCUGGACACUCGGACACCGGAGCCGUGGCCUGAGGGUCGGGGGCCUCGCUGGCCGGGCUCGCUCUUCACGCCAGGUGUGGAUUUAGCGUUGUAAAGCGCUGAAGUGUUCUCGGCACAGACCUGUCCUCCCUUCCCGGAGCGCUGCUUGAGCAGGAUCCCAUGGGGCAGCCGCACUUCUCCAGGCCGGUAAAUCCAGGUGCUUUCGCUGAAGAGGUGGAUCACGCCCCAGGUGAUGCCAGCAUGGGGAUAGAUGUUUUGGAAUCAGGUGACACCACACCUCCUACAAAGAGGAAAAGCAAGUUCUCAAGCUUUGGCAAGAUUUUCAAACCCUGGAAGUGGAGGAAAAAGAAAAGCAGCGACAAAUUCAAGGAGACUUCUGAAGUGCUUUUUUCAAUUUAAUAUCAGUUUGUAGAACGAAAGAUUUCUAUGCGAAAGCCAAGAGAGGAGCUGGUAAAAAGAGGGGUUCUGUUGGAAGAGCCUGAGCAGGAUGGUGAAGAGCCAGAGAAGCUGAACCCACCUGCACUGAAGAAUGGCCACACUGUUCCCAGGGGCCCUGGGGUCUGUGACCUGCCCAGCCAGGAGGAAGAGGCCACAAACACAUCCAGCCUUAGGAAGCCUGUUCCAGUGGAGGAACCAAAGAAGAGGCAGGGCUCCUCCAGCAGUCACCCUGGCCCUGAACGGAAACCACCUCAGGAGCCACAUGUUCCCAGACAACCUCUGCUUCCUCAAAGACCUCCCUCCACUUCCCAGGAGGCAAAUGAAGUGGCAAGCAAAGGAUCCACACCUGCCAGCAGCACUGCAAGAACUGCUCCCCUUCAGCACAGCCCCACAGCAGCAAAGACAGUCAAUUCCACAGCUGCCCCUUCCCCAGCCCCCAGGACUCUGCUUCCUGCUCCUGCCAGUGCCAACACUACUGCUCCCACCAGUGCAACCAGCACAGCUCCGGCCAAACAGCCUCCCGUCCCUCCUCCCAAACCUGUCAACAGAAAUAGCAACUCACUAAUAGCUGAACUUUCCCAGGUAAUGACCAGUGGUACAGCCUUGUCCAAGCCUUCCCCUCCUCUCCCCCCGAAGAGAGGCCUCCUGCCUAACAACACGUCAGAAGCUGUCACCUCCAAGCCCCCAAAUGACAGGACAGUGAGUCGCCCCACACCAGCUCCACUGCUGACCCCCAGCUUACCCACCCCUCGGUCCUCGCCGCCGCUGCCCACCCACGUACCCCCGGACCCUCCACGCACGGCACUGCCCACCUCCACCCCUGCCCCAGACCCACUGCACUCCCUGGACCUGCCGAAGGAGACUCCUCCUCCUCCUGAAGACUUCAGGUCCGUGGAAGUGUCGAAGAGGACGGCAGAGCAAGGUUUUGGCGAGCCCCCUGUGCUGCCUCGGCUGCCCCAAAUCCCCCUGCACAUUCGUAUCCAGCAGGCUCUGGCCAGCCCCCUGCCUGUCACCCCACCUCCCGAGGGGUCCCACAGGGCUCACUCGCUGCUCUUUGAGAACGAUGGUUUUGGAGAAGACAAUGGCACCCUGGGCAGGACGAGAUCCCUGCCUGUCACCAUUGAGAUGCUCAAAGUUCCAGAUGAUGAGGAAGAGGAAGAAGAUGACCAGGAAGAGGAACAGAACUCAGGUCCUCGUGUGUAUAUUGGAGAUGUGCCAUCUGUGACAGUCAUCCCCAAACUGGUACCCCAAGUCCUCCCAGAGGAGCAGGAAGGAGACGAAGGGAUGAGCGACUCUGACUCGGAGGGGCCCAUCCUCUAUAAAGAUGAUGAGGAUGAGGAAGAUGAUGGAAGCCAUAACAGCAUGCUGGCCAACAAAGUGAAGAGGAAAGAUACGCUGGCUAUGAAGCUGGGGAGCACAACCACACCACAGGAGGAGAAGAUUGUCUUCCCUCGGAAGAGCAAGGAGGAGUGGAACGAAAUUCGUCAGCAGAUUGGGACGACGCUGAUCAGGCGACUGAGUCAGAGACCAACUGCAGAAGAACUGGAACAAAGGAACAUUCUUCAGCCGAAAAAUGAAGCUGACCGUCAAGCUGAGAAGCGCGAGAUCAAGCGCCGGCUCACCAGAAAGCUUAGCCAAAGGCCAACAGUGGCAGAGCUGCAGGCCAGGAAGAUUCUGAGGUUUAAUGAAUAUGUGGAAGUAACAGAUGCUCAAGACUAUGACCGGCGAGCAGACAAGCCUUGGACAAAGCUGACACCAGCUGACAAGGCUGCCAUCAGAAAAGAGCUGAAUGAGUUUAAGAGCUGUGAAAUGGAAGUGCAUGAGGAGAGCAAGCAAUUCACCAGAUACCAUCGACCAUAAUAUUCCAAGGAGGGAGCAAUAAACCCGAGAUCGCUGGAAGUUUUCUGCACCCCUCUCCUAGGCAAUAGUAGGGUGGAACCUCAGCUCUUCCAAGAUUUGCCUUCCAAACAUAUCCAGAAAAGGGCUUUCGGCCAGGGAAGGGGAAUCCUGUCUGAAUGUAGCAUUUCACUGGAACAAACACAUCUCUCAUGCCAUCAGGCUGGAACUGACACUAUACCUCGUGUGGCUCAGCAAUACGACUCUGCCAGGACCGUGCCCGGGGGAAUCACCCCUUCCUUCCCAAGCUGUACAGACUUGUCUUGGGGGUGCAAUUCCUCAUUUCCUCCUCCUUUCCAUCAGGAAGGGAGAAAAAGAAAAAAAAACCAGGCAGCUGUAAUGUUGGGAAGCUGAGGAGAGCAUGUACUCAGAAGCAUGUGUGUGUAUAUUAGCUGUGUACAGAGAAUCCUGGCAGACAACUGACAUGGCACUCAUUGUUUUUUGGGGGUUUUGUUGGUUUCUGUCAUGUCCUUAAUGCCCUGAAUCACUACUGACCAACGGUUUGUUGUCCUGGAAGGGAAUUGUAUAGAUAUUAACAUAUGCUGCAUCUUUUUGUAAAAAAAACAAAAAAAAACCCUCAAAAAACAAACAACAGAUGUAUAAAACAUUUGCUCUGCAUUCUCUCACACUUGCUGUGAUCUUAAUAACAGAUCUAGAGAUAUCUAGGCUUGUUUAACAAAUUACAAGAACCAGGAAAAAUGACUGUUGCCUUUUUAAAACUUUUUAAUUUGGGGAAGCUGUGAGAGUAGUCAGUUGUUUUUAUUGUGGCUUUCUCUUAGGUGUUUUUUACUCUCCCAAAUCAGGGUUGAACCUUGCCUUUUUCUCAUUUUUACAGCUAAACCUACUGGAAACUUGAUAAUUUCACUGUGUGGGUUGAAAGGAGGGGAAGAAUAGGUUUUAAAAAGUGACCUUAAAAAGAUGGUAUUUCUCUUCUGAGAGAAAAUUAAUUCCUCAGUGCAGGUUUAAAAAAAAAAUAAAUCUGGUAGGGUCACUGCUGUAUUAUGCACAAAACUAAACUAUGUGUGAGAUGCCACUUGUGCGGAGUUUCGGGUGGGGAGAGAGAGAACUUUGUCUUGUUCACAGACCAGUGUGGCAGCACACCGGCCAUGGCCCAGCAUCCGCUGGGGGCUUUUUCCUCACAGCAUCCCCUGUACAGCCGCCAUUGCAUUGUAUAUCAGUCUCCUCAGCAAACAGAUUUUAAUUAUUAAAUAAAAGUAUUUUAGAAUUUU